AUGGCUACCCCAUCAACGAAUGAAGUGCUUUUCGUUGUCAUCGUCGUUAUUCUUUUCUUCUUUUUGCUCGGUGGCUGUGUCUAUUGUAUUUACAAGGCUACUGGUCCUCGCAAGAAACAGAUGACUAUUGAACAACAACAACAGCUUCAGCAACAACAGUACUAUCAGCACAUCACCGCCACACAGCUUGAAUCAUUGAGACCUCCCGAAUUGGCAAAGCAGCUCAACAGCGAUAAGCGACGAUCGAUCCUUGAUAAGUUUAUGGCACAGCCCACUGUCAAUCGCCCCAGUUCCAUGCGUGAGCCCUCUUUCUUACCAAUGCAUCAAAGCAUAGCUGCACGCGAUGCCCAAAUCGCAGCUAUGGUAUCCAACCAACCGCCACCUCCUGCCUAUGGCGAUUAUCGAUCCUCGGUACGAGUUGAUGUUCAGCAUGCUGUUCGUGCACCAGACGAGAAACAUUAG